AACUUUAUGAUGAAUGAGACCAAAGUGAUGGAGUUCAUCUUGAUUGGAUUUUCAGAUUUUCCAGAUCUACAGAUUCCAUUAUUUUUCUUCUUUUUCUUGACUUACCUGCUCACCCUCACUGGAAAUGUCCUGCUAAUGACAAUUAUUAGUCUUCAUCGUCACCUUCACAUGCCCAUGUAUGUCUUCCUUUCCAUUCUGUCAUUUUCAGAAACUUGUUAUACAUUUGCUAUCAUUCCCAAGAUGCUGGUAAAUCUAAUAACAGAACAGAACUCCAUAUCUUUCACUGGAUGUGCUGUUCAAAUGUUUUUCUUUCUUGGCUUUGGAGGCACUAACUGUAUGCUUCUAACAGCAAUGGGGUAUGACCGAUGUAUGGCUAUAUGCAAACCUUUACAUUACAAAUUCCUGAUGACCAACAGAGUCUGUAGUCAGCUAGUGACCUUUGCAAUGGUGACUGGCUUUACUGUGUCCCUGAUAGUAACCUACUUUAUAUUCACAUUGACUUUCUGUGGAGAGAAGGUAAUUAAUCACUUCUUCUGUGACAUGGCUCCUGUCAUUCAGGCAGCUUGCACACAAAAUAAUGGAAUUGAGACAGUAAUUUUCAUUUUUUGUUUUGUGGUUGUGCUUGGCUCAUUCUUCUUGAUUCUUCUCUCCUAUGUUUUUAUCAUCAAGACCAUCCACAAGAUCCCCUCUGCUGCAGGGAAACGUAAAGCCUUUUCCACUUGUGCCUCCCAUCUCACUGUUAUUGUUGUGCACUUUGGGUGCGCCUCCACCAUCUAUUUAAGGCCAAAAUCCACCCAUUCCCUAAAGGAGGACAUUCUGAUUUCUGUCACUUACACUGUGGUGACUCCCUUGCUGAACCCUGUGGUUUAUAGCCUGAGGAACAAGGAUGUGCACAUGGCCCUUCGGAAAGGACUGGGAAGAAAAUUGUGCACAUGGAUCAGAUGA